AUGUGCAAACGGAUAUCGGCUCUAUUGCCGGCCGCUAUCGCAUGGUCCCUAAUUAUCAUAUGCUCGGCGUGUUUUUAUUAUUUUUUAGCGCCGGCUUUGGUUGAAAAAUGGGCGUUAUGCGCCAUCGGAUCCGAAGAGCCGACGCAGGUCGAUGAUCUACGCGCGCCGUUGUACAAGAAUGUCGACAUCAACGGGAUCACGGUGCGCAUGAAAUGGUGCGUCACGUGCAAAUUCUACCGUCCGCCGAGGUCGAGCCAUUGCAGCGUCUGUAAUCGAUGCAUCGACGUUUUCGACCAUCAUUGCCCAUGGGUUCAUAAUUGUGUCGGCAAGCGUAAUUAUAGAUAUUUCUUCUUUUUUCUCUGCGCUCUCAGCCUUCACAUGAUCUACGUGUUCACACUGUGCUUCUUCUAUGUGUGGACGGGAAGAUCGACCGACACGAUGCUCACACCGCCGUAUUUGUGCUCGAUUGUGCUGUUGGCGUUGUGCGCCAUUUUGGCGGUGCCCGUCGUCGGUCUCACCAUUUUCCAUUUGGUGUUGGUCGCCAGAGGCAGGACCACCAAUGAGCAGGUGACCGGCAAAUUCCAAUCCGGCUACAAUCCGUUCACGAUCGGCUGCGUCGGCAAUUGCAAACGAACGCUGUGUCCGAGCCAAUUUCCGGCGUUCGCCAAAUACGUCGACGAAGCGAAGAAGCGUCGAAAACUCGAGCGCGAGAUGGCGACAAUGCAGCAGCAGACGAAAGAAUCCGGCGAUUUGGACGCCGAUGAGACGACGGCGUUGUAUAUUCCCGACGAGAAGGGCUGCGGUGGAGGGCAUAUUCGGAUGAAACAACUGAAAAUGGUCGAGAGCCAAUCGGUUGGCACGUCGAUGUCGUUGACCGGCGAGAUAUCGACGAACGAACGCGACGGCUCGUCGUGCAAUCUGUUCGAGUCGGCGCACGGCACACCGCGAGCGCAAUCGCCGUCGCGCGAGCCAUCGAUGAAGAGCGUACGAAGCGAGUUGGCGUUGAAGCGCGGCGAGACGACGACGACGACGCCGCACGCAAAAAUGUCGUACGAGGAGAGCGUCGAAGAAGCGUUGCGCGGCGCGAACACGCCGACUGCCGAACUCGAAACCACCACGAAAUCUGGAACAUUCGAGUCGACGACGACGUCGAAUCUGCUGAAUGGAAGCUCGUCGAAGCCGAUGGGAUUCACCGACGCGGUCAGAAUCCACGAUAUACUCGCCAGAAGCAAUCAGUGCCAUAUGCCCGUUUGA